AGAGAUAUAUGGACGAUUGUAUCGUCGCACUCUUGUCUCGCGUCUCUUGUUACCGAUAGUAAUGAGACACUGCGCGUUUAGAGCCGGCUGGCCAUUUUGCACCAGCCGAUACGUCGAUCCGUUUCCGGCGAAAGAAUGACACGCGAGACGGCAGAGGCGUCACAUUCGUUCGAUCGACGCCAAAGUCUGGCCAGUUCGUUUAGCAACCCAUCCUUUUGAAAAGGCUAAUUGAACGUUCGCCUUGGUAUCUCGAGACUUUCACUGUCGAACCUUCCACGAACCGAAAAUUGAGAUGACCGUUUCGGGGAUCUGGCAAUUGGUAUCCUUCCUCGUCGUAUCUUCCUCCGUGGUGCUUUCGGCGGACAACGUGUGCCCGAGAAUGGAAAACUACACGAUCACCUCGAUGGAAACGUACACGGAGCCGGUUAUCGUGAUUACGUUCACCUGGUGCUUGCAGAUUCCACCCAGGUGUCCCAAGACUCGAACGGAGAUGAGGCCACGGUAUCGAGUGAAGACGGAGUUGAAGACCAGGAUUAUAAACGAGUGUUGCGAAGGCUAUAAAAUGAUGUCAUCCGAUGAUGAAGAGAGUAGUAUCGAGUGCAUGCCUUUUUGCGAAGAAUGUCUAUCAGGGAUCUGCGUGUCGCCGAGUCAAUGCCUGUGCUCUCCUGGUUAUCAGGGUGAUAACUGUAAAUCUGUAUGUCCACGAGGCACAUGGGGCAUCCAGUGCAAGGAGAAAUGCAAUUGCACCGAGGACGUACCUUGCAAUCCCGUAAGUGGACAGUGCAUCUGUCCGCCAGGAUUGCGUGGACAAAUGUGCAACGAGUCGUGUCCUGGCGAUCGCUGGGGGCCGGGAUGCUCGUUUCCAUGCAACUGCAAGGAUUCGAGGAACGGGUGUCAUCCAGAAACGGGUCGAUGCAUCGACGAUAACAAGAUUUUCACGGAGAACACGAGCCAUCCUCGAAACGGAGACGAGGAAAACAGCGUGAAUGCGAACUUCACGGGUUCCCAAGUGGGCACAGAUACGUCGCGGAUUUGGGAUACAACGACGGAAGAUGAUCGCGAGAUAGCCGCCACGACGGAUAAUCCUGGUAAAGAGACCUCGAAGCCUGAAAGUGCGAGCGUCUCGAGCACCGUGAAGCCUGUCAUCGUUUGGGUUUCCAUUCCGGAGCGGAGAAGGAACUUGGACAAAGGCCGAGGAGAAUUCGCGGUUAAGAAUCCGUUCGUGAGGCGCAUGGAUGACGACUUGCAAGACAUAGGUUCAUCCGAGAACGAUUAUGUCAAAAAUAUUCACAAAGACGUUCAAUCGACUCCAAUUCCCCUGGACAUCGCCCUGAUUGUGGUAGCCUCGAUCGUAUCGUUGGGUCUGACCUCGGUAGCGGUGGUCAUGGUUCUCCACAUGCGUUCCAAGCUUCUGGAAGCAGCUAGGUUGUCCAUCUACGAGGAAGCGAAGACGAAGAGUCAAGAGAAUCCGAAUGCGGCUAAGAUCUCGUCGAUAGUGACCGGUAGUACUCUUCCCCAAACUCCAAUUCGUUUGGUACCUCUGUUUGCCUCCACUCCAGAGACUAGAACGAUACCAAUAGAUAACGAUCCAUCGAGUAAUUACGCCAAUGGAGCAGCCACGAUCGGUCUCAGAUUAUCUGGUAAUUUGCAUGGUUUCUUUCAGGAGGAUCAUUACGACCGGCCUCCAGCAACAAGGAUACACUUGCAAGGCGAAUUCGAUGCUAAUACCGAACACGUCUACGAUGAAAUUCCCUUGCAAUCGAGCCCUUCGAGCUCCCGUAGAAACAUCAUCGAUACUCGUACAUUCAACAUGUCGAAGACGUUGCACGCCUGCUUUUAUAUUAUUUCGGCGCUGUUGGUAUCCGAUACCGCGUUGGCGAUCGAAGGUGUGAAAGGUGGCCGUCACCGUAUCCAAUAUGAUCGAUCCCAGCUCGCCGUGAACACCACGAUGGCGCAAGGACUUUGCUACAAGAGAAUACGUUACCAAGAUGCAGUCGAAUUGAACGCCACAGGCCAGUUCCUUCAUAACACCCUCCCGAUGACUUCUCAGGAAGGCACGAAAGGUGGGUGGAUAACGAUUUUGGAUUGUUGCGACGGGUACGAGCGCAGCUCCGGUACCUGCUACCCGAUCUGCACCGAGGGAUGCUUGGGAGGGAACUGCACAGCGCCGAACGUGUGCAGCUGCUCGCCAGGAUGGAUCGCUCAGAAGGGCGUCUGCGGGCCUUACUGCGAGCAAGCUUGCCAGAAGGACGCCUACUGCUUCUCGCCGAACGUGUGCGCUUGCAAGUUGGGCUACGAGGAGGUGAACGGGGAGUGCAAGCCCAUCUGCCCCCGUGGGUGCGUGAACGGCGAGUGCGUGGCGCCGCACGUGUGCAAGUGCAGGCCAGGCUACCAACUCGAGCCAGGGAUGGAGGGAACCGACGCGAAAUGCGUGCCGGUGUGCGAAAACGGUUGCCGUAACGGAGAAUGCACAGCUCCCGGGGUGUGCACUUGUCACGAAGGAUUCGUCAACCCUCGAAACGACCCCGAGUACUGUAUCCCCGAUUGUCCCGCGGGCUGCGCGAACGGCAAAUGCAUCGCGCCUGGCGUUUGCCAAUGCGAGCCGAACCACGUUCUCAACGGAAGCAACGCGUGCGUCCCCGAGUGCCCUCGAGGUUGCGUUAACGGCGAGUGCGUCUCGCCCGGGGUCUGCAAGUGCGAGCCAGGCUUCACCCUCGACGCCGCCAGCAAAUGCGUGCCCGAGUGCCCUCGAGGGUGCGCCAACGGCGAGUGCGUCUCGCCCGGGGUCUGCAAGUGCGGCCCAGGCUUCGCCCUCGACGCCGCCUCGAGCGGAUGCGUGCCGGAGUGCCCGCUGGGCUGCGUGAACGGCGACUGCGUCGCGCCCGGUGCCUGCGCCUGCAAGCCGGGCUACGCCGUCGACGCGAGCAAAAAGUGCGCCCCAACCUGUUCGCGGGAUUGCGCGAACGGCAAAUGCGUCGCGCCGGAUUCUUGCGAUUGCAACCCGGGCUACACUCUGGACGGCAACGACGAGUGCGUGCCGGAUUGUCCCCAAGGCUGCACGAACGGCGAGUGCGUUGCCCCGGGGGUGUGCGACUGCCACGUCGGCUACUUCCGCGACCAGAACGGCAGAUGCGCCAAGAAGCCGGGGACGGAUUGUCGGUUGGACUGCGGCCCGAACGCGCACUGCGUCGGCCCGAACCAGUGCACCUGCGACCUGGGAUUCAAAUUGGACCCCGACACCAACAAGUGCGUCCCCUUCUCCAACUCUUUCCAAUGCAGAAACGGGUGCGGCGCCCACGGGCUCUGCGUCGGUCCCGACAUGUGCAUCUGCGAUUACGGGAUGGCCGUCGACCCUGUGACGGGCAGGUGCCCGGAGCCGAGGAGUCAGACGGCAAACUCGAAUCGAGAUCGGCCGCAAUGCCAGCACGGUUGCGGCCCGAACGGGGUCUGCGUCGGCCCCGAUCGUUGCGCUUGCGACCAGGGAUUCGCGCUCGACUCCAGCACCGGCAAAUGUGUCCCCUCGUCCGGGACGGCGGAGCCUUUCUGCGAGAUUCCGUGUCUGAACGGGGAGUGUACCGGUUUGAAUCAAUGCACGUGCAAGCGCGGUUACGUUAUCAGCCCCUUGGAUGUGACGAGAACGAGAUGCGUGCCCGUGUGCAUCGGCGGCUGUCACAAUGGCGUGUGCACGGCCCCCAACCUGUGCAUCUGUAACCCUGGCUACACGAAAGAGACUGGAGUCAAGGGCAGACAAAGAUGCGUUCCCGUUUACUCAUUAGGGAAGCGAUAUCGCUGGACAUCCUGUUUCGUUUCUAUCGUGUCGCAGGAUAUACGCGAUGGCAUGGCGCCAGUGAAUACUGAGAAACGAUGCGACAUGCAUCUCGAAACGGCAUCUCUCCAACUUGUACUUUUUCUCCCCGUUCUUUUCGAGCUAAACGGGGCGGUACUGUUCCCAGACGAGAGCCAAGGUAUUUGUACGCGAAGGAUCAGUUACAGGGCGUCGCGAGACGUCCCCUACAAGCAGUCCUACAGAAGCAGUGUAUGGGGGAUUUUCUACGAGACGAAAUAUCGUUGGAUUUACCGGAAGGAGUAUUAUACCGCCUACGGCAUCAAAUAUCAUUGCUGCAAGGGAUACGUAUUUAAGAACGAUGUUUGCGUACCUGUUUGCACCCCACCUUGCCUGAAUGGCCAAUGCAUGCCGAAUAAUUAUUGCAAAUGCGACCAUGGAUACGUAAGACACACGGGGAACGAAUGUUCGCCGUAUUGCAGCAAUUGUGUCAACGGGAAAUGCAUAGCGCCAGACGUAUGCCAAUGCAAUUUCGGAUAUCAAAUGAAGAACGAUGUCUGCGAGCCAGUAUGUGCCGAAGACUGCGAAAAGCAACACGCUUAUUGCUCCUCGCCGAACACGUGCACCUGCAACGUUGGUUACCAGGCUGUCAACCGUCAAUGCGAGCCAAUCUGCACGUUGGAAUGCGUGAACGGAGCGUGUACGGAGCCUGACACGUGCACUUGUCACGACGGUUACAUACAGCACGGCGAUUACACGAUGCAACACGUUUGCGUCCCACAUUGCGAGCAAUCUUGCGAGCCGUACGGGAAAUGCACUGCCCCUAAUGUCUGCACUUGUUACAAGGGUUAUCGUCUCGAUAACGGGAGCAAGACGAGGUGCAAGCCUAUCUGCAAGCGAACUUGCGUGAACGGAUACUGCAGCGCACCAGAGGUAUGCACAUGUGAUCCAGGCUACGAACACUCCACGACCAACCUCACCAUGACCAUCUGCCGACCCAUCUGCGUGAACGAGUGCAUAAACGGGUAUUGCAGUGCCCCGAAUACCUGCCAAUGCAACCCGGGCUAUCGAUUUUUAAAGGACGCGUCCGAUCUCUGUGAACCGUUCUGCGAACGGCCUUGCAAGAACGGCCGCUGCACCGCUCCCAACCAGUGCACCUGCGACAGGGACCACCACCCAAACCCGGACGAUCCCUUUACUUGCGACCCGACCUGCAACGAGGGAUGCCACUUCGGAACUUGCACCGCGCCUGGCACGUGUACUUGCUACGAUGGAUAUUCGGCAAGAAACGCGACGGUGUGCGAGCCCGUGUGCACAAAAGCCUGCGUGCACGGGUAUUGCGACGCUCCAGAGGUCUGCAGCUGCGAUCUCGGCUACGAGUUGUCCGCGGAUUAUUAUUACGUGUGUGUACCGGUGUGCAAACAAAGCUGCGUGAACGGAUACUGCAGCGCGCCGAACAAGUGCGAGUGUUCAACGGGCUAUCAACCGUUGAACAAUAACACCGAUAUUUGCGAGCCGAUCUGCGAGCCGAAUUGCACCAAUGGAUAUUGCAUUCGUCCUCAUGAGUGCAAGUGCAAUGAAGGUUAUCGAUUAUUGGAAACUGGCUCAAACAUUUGCCAACCUGUUUGCGAACAAUCUUGCGUGAACGGUUACUGCAGCGCGCCGAACAAGUGCGAGUGUUCAACGGGCUAUCAACCGUUGAACAAUAACACCGAUAUUUGCGAGCCGAUCUGCGAGCCGAAUUGCAUCAACGGGCGUUGCAUUCGUCCUUAUAAAUGCAAGUGCGAUCCGGGCUAUCAAUUUUUGGAAACCGGCUCAAACAUUUGCCAACCCGUUUGCGAACAAUCUUGCGUGAAUGGAUAUUGCAGCGCGCCGAACAAGUGCGAAUGUUCGGUGGGUUAUCAACCGUUCAACAAUAACACCGAUAUUUGCGAGCCGAUCUGCGAGCCGAAUUGCAUCAACGGACGUUGCAUUCGUCCUCAUGAGUGCAAGUGCAAUGAAGGUUAUCGAUUAUUGGAAACUGGCUCAAACAUUUGCCAACCUGUUUGCGAACAAUCUUGCGUGAAUGGAUAUUGCAGCGCGCCGAACAAGUGCGAGUGUUCAACGGGCUAUCAACCGUUGAACAAUAACACCGAUAUUUGCGAGCCGAUCUGCGAGCCGAAUUGCAUCAACGGACGUUGCAUUCGUCCUCAAGAGUGCAAAUGCAAUGAAGGUUAUCGAUUAUUGGAAACCGGCUCAAACAUUUGCCAACCUGUUUGCGAACAGCCUUGCUUAAAUGGAUAUUGCAGCGCGCCAAACAAGUGCGAGUGUUCAACGGGUUAUCAACCAUUCAACAAUAACACCGAUAUUUGCGAGCCGAUCUGCGAGCCGAAUUGCACCAAUGGAUAUUGCAUUCGUCCACACGAGUGCAAGUGCAAUGAAGGUUAUCGAUUGUUGGAAAAUGGUUCGAACAUUUGCCAACCUGUUUGCGAACAAUCUUGCGUAAAUGGAUAUUGCAGUGCGCCGAACAAGUGCGAAUGUUCGGUCGGUUAUCAACCGUUCAACAAUAACACCGAUAUUUGCGAGCCGAUCUGUGAGCCAAAUUGCAUCAAUGGACGUUGCAUUCGUCCACACGAGUGCAAGUGCAAUGAAGGUUAUCGAUCAUUGGAAACUGGUUCGAAUAUUUGCGAACCUGUUUGUGAACAGCCUUGCGUAAAUGGAUACUGCAGCGCGCCGGAUGAGUGCAGUUGCGACCAAGGUUAUGGUCCAUCGGAAGACAAUGGUACCAAGGUUUGCGAGCCGAUCUGCGAGCCGAAUUGCACCAAUGGAUAUUGCAUUCGUCCUCAUGAGUGCAAGUGCAAUGAAGGUUAUCGAUUAUUGGAAACUGGCUCAAACAUUUGCCAACCUGUUUGCGAACAAUCUUGCGUGAACGGAUAUUGCAGCGCGCCGAACAAGUGCGAGUGUUCAACGGGCUAUCAACCGUUGAACAAUAAUACCGAUAUUUGCGAGCCGAUCUGCGAGCCGAAUUGCAUCAACGGGCGUUGUAUUCGUCCUUAUGAAUGCAAGUGCGAUCCGGGCUAUCAAUUAUUGGAAACCGGCUCAAACAUUUGCCAACCUGUUUGCGAACAGCCUUGCGUGAACGGAUACUGCAGCGCGCCGAACAAGUGCGAAUGUUCAACGGGUUAUCAACCAUUCAACAAUAAUACCGAUAUUUGCGAGCCGAUCUGCGAACCGAAUUGCAUUAACGGACGUUGCAUUCGUCCUCAAGAGUGCAAGUGCAAUGAAGGUUAUCGAUUAUUGGAAACCGGCACAAACAUUUGCCAACCUGUUUGUGAACAGCCUUGCGUAAAUGGAUACUGCAGCGCGCCGGAUGAGUGCAGUUGCAACCAAGGUUAUAGUCCAUCGGAAGACAAUGGCACCAAAGUUUGUGAGCCAAUCUGCAAGCCGAAUUGCACCAAUGGAUAUUGCAUUCGUCCUCAUGAGUGCAAGUGCGAUCCGGGCUAUCAAUUAUUAGAAACCGGUUCGAACAUUUGCCAACCUGUUUGCGAACAACCUUGCGUGAACGGAUACUGCAGCGCGCCGAACAAGUGCGAGUGUUCAACGGGCUAUCAACCGUUGAACAAUAACACCGAUAUUUGCGAGCCGAUCUGCGAGCCGAAUUGCACCAAUGGAUAUUGCAUUCGUCCACACGAGUGCAAAUGUAAUGAAGGUUAUCGAUCGCUGGAAAAUAGUUCGAACAUUUGCGAACCUGUUUGUGAACAGCCUUGCGUAAAUGGAUACUGCAGCGCGCCGGAUGAGUGCAGUUGCGACCAAGGUUACGGUCCAUCGGAAGACAAUGGCACCAAAGUUUGUGAGCCAAUCUGCAAGCCGAAUUGCAUCAAUGGAUAUUGUAUUCGUCCUCAUGAGUGCAAGUGCAAUGAAGGUUAUCGAUUGUUGGAAAAUGGUUCGAACAUUUGCCAACCUGUUUGUGAACAGCCUUGCAUAAAUGGAUAUUGCAGUGCGCCGAACAAGUGCGAAUGUUCGGUCGGUUAUCAACCAUUCAACAAUAAUAUCGAUAUUUGCGAGCCGAUCUGUGAGCCAAAUUGCACCAAUGGACGUUGCAUUCGUCCACACGAGUGCAAGUGCAAUGAGGGUUAUCGAUCGUUGGAAAAUAGUUCGAAUAUUUGCGAACCUGUUUGUGAACAGCCUUGCGUAAAUGGAUACUGCAGUGCGCCAGAUGAGUGCAGUUGCGAUCAAGGUUACGGUCCAUCGGAAGACAAUGGCACCAAAAUUUGUGAGCCAAUCUGCAAGCCGAAUUGCACCAAUGGAUAUUGCAUUCGUCCACACGAGUGCAAGUGCGAUCCGGGCUAUCAAUUAUUGGAAACCGGCUCAAACAUUUGCCAACCUGUUUGCGAACAGCCUUGCGUGAACGGAUACUGCAGCGCGCCGAACAAGUGCGAAUGUUCGGUGGGUUAUCAACCAUUCAACAAUAACACCGAUAUUUGCGAGCCGAUCUGUGAGCCAAAUUGCACCAAUGGAUAUUGCAUUCGUCCACACGAGUGCAAGUGUAAUGAAGGUUAUCGAUCAUUGGAAACUGGUUCGAACAUUUGCGAACCUGUUUGCGAACAGCCUUGCGUAAAUGGAUACUGCAGCGCGCCGGAUGAGUGCAGUUGCGACCAAGGUUACGGUCCAUCGGAAGAUAAUGGUAGCAAGAUUUGCGAGCCCGUAUGCGAGCAAUCGUGCGGUGAGAACGGGAUCUGCGUUGCGCCCAACAGCUGCGAAUGCGAGCGGGGUUACAAGCGGGAGGCGACGUGGAACGAGACUUUAUCCAACGUUUGCGAGCCCAUCUGCGAAUUCGACUGCGGAAACGGUACCUGCGCAUCCCCUAACGUGUGCACCUGUUACGCGGGCUACGCGAAAAGGGGCGGGCAAGAUCGGUGCGACCUUGCGUUGUGCGAGUCUUGCGACAAUGGAACGUGCACGAGACCCGGGGUGUGCGAGUGCGACCAAGGUUUCGUCGAAGCGAGACGAGGGAAUGGAACCGUCUGCGAGCCGUAUUGCGAGAAUUGCUCGAAUGGAAGCUGCGUGGCACCUGGCGACUGCCUGUGCAACUUCGGCUUCGUGAAGGAGGAUAACGAGGAUGGCGAGUGCGUUAUCGCGUGUCGAGACAAUUGCAACGAUCGUGGGAUCUGUGAUAUCGAGAACAGAACUUGUCGUUGUUUCUACGGGUGGGAUGGAACGUAUUGCGAGGAGGCAAGAUUUUGCGUGUUCGUGGUGGAGAAUGGGAUAGAACGGUUGAACGUAUGGAACGUAGAGUACGAUGUGAAUGAUACGAUUGAUUACGUGUUCGCGAACAGUCCAUCGUGUUAUCACGAUUGUUUGAGGAACGAAACCUUGUGCAAUGGAAAGUACAGGAAGGACGGCAUGGGGAACGAUACGAUCGCCUGUCUGAUCGAUUCUAAUUGCAGUCGAGUGUACGCGUUGCUCUCGAAUCACGUAAUCAUAGGUGGAAUAGCUAUGGGUAUCGCUAUGGUUAUAGCCGGUAGCGCCAUCGUGAUCUAUUCGCUGAGACGAAACGUGAGAAAGAGGAAAUUUUCUCUAGAUAAUCCGCCAACAUCGAUGCAGAUGCAGAAUCGAGCCGAGGAGAAGAACAGAAAUUGAAAGACAAGUUUAUCACACGUUUAUAAUUUAUAAAUUAAAUUAUUGUAAUCAAUAAAAAAAAUUGUAUAAAAGAGAAAAAAAA